UGUUUUUUCCCAAAAGCUGUAGCUCCUUUUUCCGGUGUUUCCUCUUGUUUAUUUCAAUUUCUUCUUUUUAUAAGUGAAUUUGGACUUAAAUUUCUGCACAAUACGUGUAGUAGCUUAAUUACAUUUAAAUAUGUGUAAUUUCUGGAUUUUUCCCCGUAAUUUUAUUAGUUGGUGUUCAAUUGUUCAGAAUUGCAUUCAGUUUUGUCUGAUACUUGGCACCAAUGUACUAUGUUACCAUUUCUUUGCUAUUUCACUCAGCAAAAUGUGACCUACACUUAUGCUGAGUUUAGACAUUGAAAUGGAUGAUAAAGACAAUUACUUUGAGGACCCAAAUAAAAUUCAUUGUUUAUUAGAUAACAUACACUCUCUGCUGCUUCCUUAUCUAUCUACUUUUCAGUUUAGCUUACGGUCUCAGUGAAUUAUAUUCACCUUCUGAGGCCCUGAGUAUUUUACAUCAUAAUUGAUUCACUUAUUUGCUGCUGUAUUUGCAUACGUCACAAGUUCUUAUUCACCACCCAAUGUGUUAUAUUCUUCUCUCUUAUUUGGAAAGGGACUUCUUUGCUCAGCUGUUUUUGUUUUUCAGUUGUAUUCUUGUUCUUUUUUUCUAUUCCCUUUUAAUCUUUUGAUCUCAUUCUACGUCAUUUUUGGGGGUGCCAUUUUGAUUCUCAUUUAAAUAUGACAUUAGUAUAUCAGGAUAAUCACCAACGCUGUAUGUUAGUUAGGUUAUUGGUGUGUGUAUGUUUGUAUUUAAACUAUUUAACAUGUCCUAAAUUUGUUCUAUCUUAAUUUCUAAUGAUUGCCUGGGUUUUUGUCUUCCUUUUCAUGUCCGCAGUCAGAAAAAUACCUGUGUGGUGAAAUAUCUUGUAAACAACUACUUUCGGGAGCAUGCUCCCCAGCUUAAUUGAUAUACUGUGUCUGCAGAUCUAAGGAGGGCAAUAGGAACAAUCAUUUGAAUAUUGAGAUAGGAAGAAUCAUACAACCUCUAAAGGGAAAAAAAUGAUUUUUUGAUAUUUCACAUAGCAGAAUGAGGGCGGAAUAACAAUACAGCUGACUUAGGAGCUGGAAAUAUGGAGACUUCAACCAGCCAUAGUUCUGGCAUUAUGUGGUUCUUCAAAGACAGAGGUUUUGAUGAUAAAAGCAUUCAUGAAAUGUUCCAAAAGUGCAAGCGCCUUGAGGGCGUGCAAAGGGAGAAAGCGUCUGAAAACUGGGACUACUUGAGAAGCAUAGGCAUCCAAGAGAGGAAACUUCCUUCUGUUGUUCGGAAAUGUCCCAAAAUCCUUAUUCUAGGCUUGCAUGAGAAACUUGUCCCAAUGGUUCACUGUCUUGAAACACUGGGUUCGAAACCAAAGGAAGUUGCUUCUGCCAUUACUAAAUUUCCGCACAUACUCUCUCACAGUGUGGAAGAGAAGCUCUGUCCACUCCUAGCUUUCUUUGAAUCGCUUGGUAUAACGGACAAACAACUGGGUAAGAUGAUACUGCUCAAUCCAAGGAUUAUAAGCUACAGCAUAGAACAUAAGCUUUCACAGAUGGUGGAAUUUCUUUCCAGCCUUCAUCUAUCAAAGGAAGGUAUUGGUAAAGUUAUGGUGAAGAAUCCAUAUAUUAUGGGUUAUAGCGUUGAUAAGCGGCUAGGUCCUACUUCAGAGUUUUUGAAAUCACUUGGUUUAACAGAUAUGGAUCUCGAGAAAGUGGUAGUUAAUUACCCAGAAGUUUUGUGUAGAGAUGUGAACAAGAUUCUGAAACCUAACCUAUCUUACUUGACAUCACGGGGAUUUGGAGUUGGACAGAUUGCAGCUGUGGUCACUUGUUAUCCUCCUGUUCUGAUAAAGAGUGUUACCAACUCUUUAGAGCCAAGGAUUAAGUUUCUGAUAGAUGUUAUGGGGAGGCGACUUGAUGAAGUUGUUGAUUAUCCAGACUACUUUCGGCAUAGCUUGAAGAAAAGAUUAGAGUCAAGGCAAAAACUUCUAACGCAGAAGGACAUAAGCUGUACGCUGAGUGAAAUGCUGGAUUGUAAUCAGAAGAAAUUCCUAUUCAAGUUUGGUCUAGUUCAGUGAAAGUAAUGACCAUGUUCCUUGCCUUCCUUUCUCUCGUAGAGUAUAUAGCUUUAGCAUUCGGCUUGUAUCAAUCUAAAAGGACCUAUAGGGAUGAGCUUUUUGUGCACCUUUUGCGGUCAUUAGGUCUCCUGGGAAAUUAUUAUUCGCAAAUCAUAUUCAUAUGCUGCUUUUGCAAUUGAUAGUUUCAUCUGUUUAAUGCUCUGUUCUGAUAGUGCUUAAUAAAAGCAAAAGGACGAAACAACUUCUCCGGGUUA